AUGAACAUAAACGGUAAAUACCAGGCACCUGCCCAAGGACAGCCCAAUUUACAAGCUCAGCAGAUAUUAUUGCAACAAUUACAGCAAGGACAACAACUGCAAUCGCUGCAACCACCACCACAACUGCAACAACCUCAGCAACAACUGCAACCGCUUAGUGACGCUUACAAUGACUAUCUGGGCAACUACCUGAGACCCCAACAGCUGCAACUGCAGCAGCAGCAGCAGCAGCAGUUCUUCCCUCAGCAACAGCAACAGCAGCAGCAGCAACAGCAACAACAGUUCCAACAACUGCAGCCAUCCUCAUUGCAAUUUCCACAGCAAUUUGGUAAUCAAGGCUCGCAGACCAUGCCACGUCAACAACAACUUCCAUUUGUUCAACAGCAGCAGCAACUCCAACAGCUUCAGCAGCAACAGCAUCAACAGCACCAGCAGCAACAGCAACAGCAACAGCAGCAGCAAUUGCCCCAGCAUCUUUUUUUGAAUCAGCAGGCGUUACAGCAGCAGCAACAGCAGCAACAACACUCGCAAAUCGCUGCGCAGAAGCAACUCCAGCUUCAACCACUCUACACCAUUAAUAUAGAUAACCCUAACUCCAAUUAUUGGCAAGUUCAGCAACAAUUGUGUCAAAUUUCAAGAAACUCUACCAAUAUUCCUCAUUAUUAUGCGAGGCAAUAUGCGCAGAACUCAAGAAAGAACAAGAAUCCCUACAGUGAAGUAAACAAGUCUAUCAGCUUAGUGGACGCUACUAAGUCUAUUGUUUCAGCAUUAGAGGAACAAGAAAGAAACGCUAAGAAACUAGCAGCUACUUCGUCUAAUUCAAGUACUACAAGUAGUGCACUCUUGCAUAACAAGAAGUUGGCUCAAGGUUUUGAUGAUGAACAUUUACAAGAGGAACAGAGAAUGAGAUUGAAAACUCAAGGUAAGCAAUUGUGGUGCCAAUUGGAUUUAAGUGGACAAGGGUUAUUAAACAUAUCUCCUAAGUUAUUCCAGUAUGAUUUUUUGGAAUCACUCUAUUUAAAUAACAAUAAGUUGACCAGUGUUCCUAAAAUUGUUAGCAAAUUAAGAGGGCUAAGAACUUUGGAUUUGUCCCACAAUAGAAUUGGAGAAAUUCCGCCUGAAUUGGGAAUGUGUUUCAAUUUGAGAUACUUGUACUUGUUUGACAACAAUAUCAAGACUUUACCCAAUGAAUUUGGUAACUUGAUCGAGUUGUUAUUCUUGGGUAUUGAGGGGAAUCCAAUAGAUUUGAAACUAGCAAAUAUAAUUGGUGAACAAGGUACCAAGGAAUUAAUAUGUUAUUUGAGAGAUUUAACUCCUACUUUCGCCAAACCACCCCCAAGAAGUUGGUUGUUGUUGGAAGACGAUGGUGAGAUUAUUGAUCCAAUUUCUAAUCCUGAUGCCUACACGAACGAUUUGAAUAAGAUAAAUCAACAACUGGAUGACACAUUCACGAUGAUGUCUUACAACAUGCUUUGUCAGCAUUAUGCCACUUCGACUAUGUACAAGUACACGCCAUCCUGGGCCUUGGAAUGGGAUUUCAGAAGAAAAACAUUACAGGAGGAAAUUUUGAACUAUAGUAGUGACAUCAUAUGUAUGCAAGAAGUUGAAACUAGAACGUUCCAUGAAUUUUGGGCUCCCAUUAUGUUGGAGUUUGGAUACAAGGGUGUAUUCUUCUGCAAGACCAGAUCAAAGACUAUGGGUGAGUUGGAUGCUAAAAAGGUUGACGGGUGUGCUACCUUUUACAAGACCGAUAAGUUCACAUUAGUUCUGAAGCAAAACUUUGAAUAUAAUAGUGUUUGUAUGGGAAGUGAGAAAUAUAAGAAGACCAAGGAUUUGUUUAAUAGAUUUAUGAAUAAGGAUAAUGUUGCUUUACUCACCUUUUUACAACACAAUCAUACUGGUGAGAAGAUUACUAUAGCCAACACUCAUUUACAUUGGGAUCCAUUAUUCAACGAUGUGAAAACUUUACAAGUUGGAAUCUUAUUGGAGGAAUUGACUGGAAUCUUGAAGAAAAACCACCAUUAUAACUCACUUCCAGGUGGAAGCGACGUGAAGGGAGCUUCCAUAAUAAUUUGUGGGGAUUUCAAUUCUGAUAAAAAUAGUGCAGUUUAUCAAUUGUUCUCCACUGGAAGUGUUACCAAGCAUGAGGAUAUUGAAGGUAGAGACUAUGGUAGGUUUACCGAUGAGGGAUUCCGCCAUAAUUUCAAGAUCAAGUCUGCUUACGAAACCCUUGGUGAAUUACCAUUUACCAACUUAACACCUACAUUUACCGAUGCUAUCGAUUAUAUCUGGUAUUCUACACCUACUUUACAAGUUAAAGGGUUGUUGGGUAAGAUUGAUGAAGACUACGCCAGUAGAUGUAUUGGGUUUCCUAAUGCCCAUUUCCCCAGUGACCAUAUCCCAUUAGUUACCAAAUUUCAAAUCAAGAAGAGCAGUGGUGCAAGCAAGAAGCCCGAGUUCAAACCCGACUUUAAGAGUGGGUCUUCUAGAAAGACAUAA